AUGCUGCUCACAAAAGCAAAAGUGGCACAGCCCACACUAGAGUGGUGGAGGAGUCCUGGGAGCCGCUCACAGCAGGAAAACCAGCGGUUCCCCAGCGGUUCCCCAGCAGUUCCCCAGCGGUUCCCCAGCGGUUCCCCAGCGGUUCCCCAGCGGUUCCCCAGCAGUUCCCCAGCGGUUCCCCAGCAGUUCCCCAGCAGUUCCCCAGUGGUUCCCCAGCGGUUCCCCAGCAGUUCCCCAGUGGUUCCCCAGCAGUUCCCCAGCGGUUCCCCAGUGGUUCCCCAGCAGUUCCCCAGCAGUUCCCCAGCAGUUCCCCAGCGGUUCCCCAGCAGUUCCCCAGCGGUUCCCCAGCGGUUCCCCAGCAGUUCCCCAGUGGUUCCCCAGCAGUUCCCCAGCGGUUCCCCAGUGGUUCCCCAGCAGUUCCCCAGUGGUUCCCCAGCGGUUCCCCAGCGGUUCCCCAGUGGUUCCCCAGCAGUUCCCCAGCGGUUCCCCAGCGGUUCCCCAGCAGUUCCCCAGUGGUUCCCCAGCAGUUCCCCAGCGGUUCCCCAGCGGUUCCCCAGCAGUUCCCCAGCAGUUCCCCAGCAGUUCCCCAGCGGUUCCCCAGUGGUUCCCCAGUGGUUCCCCAGCAGUUCCCCAGCAGUUCCCCAGUGGUUCCCCAGCAGUUCCCCAGCGGUUCCCCAGCGGUUCCCCAGCGGUUCCCCAGUGGUUCCCCAGUGUCCCAGUCUCUGGAGCCUGUGUUGGGGUGCACUGAGCUGGGUCCAGGACAGCACAUCUGUGUCAGUCUUGAUGUUGGCAGAGCUGACGGCAGGCCCAGAGUGA